AUGGCUAAGACGCGUCCGCCCAAGAAGAUCCUCGAGUCCUACACCAUCAAGGGGUCCGACAAAGUCAUCAAGCCUGGGGACUGUGUGCUAAUGAGAUCAGCUGAUACAUCAAAGCCACCAUAUGUGGCAAAAGUUGAGUCCAUUGAGGCAGCAGGGUCUCGAGGCACAAAUGUGAGAGUACGGGUUCGAUGGUACUAUCGUCCAGAAGAAUCCAUUGGUGGGAGGCGACCAUUUCAUGGUUCCAAAGAGGUAUUCCUCUCUGACCACUAUGAUGUACAGAGUGCUGACACAAUAGAGGGAAAAUGCAAUGUCCACAGCUUCCGUAGCUACACAAAGCUUGAUUCUGUGAAUGCCGAGGACUUCUUCUGUCGCUUUGACUACAAAUCAGCAUCUGGCAGUUUCGUGCCCGACCGUAUAGCUGUGUUUUGCAAGUGUGAGAUGCCGUACAAUCCUGAUGACCUUAUGAUCCAAUGUGAGGAAUGCUCUGACUGGUUUCACCCUUCUUGUAUUGGAAUGACCAUUAAAGAAGCAAAGAAACGAGAACACUUUUUCUGCCAGAGCUGUACUGCUGAAAAUGGGAAGACAACUGAGAAUUUUCAUGAAGCCACGGCAGAGUCAGAAGAAAAGUCAAACUGGUUGUCACGGGCUGGGGUUGGAUUGGACCGGAGGUUGUAG